CCUGUUUUAAAGCGUUCUCCAGUUUAAAGAGACACAUCUGGACCGCAGGGGAACCGAGCCGCUGCGCGCGCUUUGGACAGCUGGGCACAUUCCGGAGUCGGACUUUCCGCUUUCUGCUCUGAAAGCUCGUGCGAUCUGUUCCCCAUGAGCUCCAUGAGGGAUCCACUGAACAUAGACCACCACCUCACGGGGAAUAAACUCGCCUCCACGCAGCACGCGGCUCUGGCCAUGGCGUCCACUCUGCAGCCUCUGCCGCGCGCAGGGGACUCCAAACACCGGCUGGAGGUGCACACCGUGUCCGACACGUCCAGUCCCGAGUCUGGGGAAAAGGAGAAGAUCCAGAACAAGAACGACGACUCGUCGGACGACCCGUCCAAGAAGAAGCGUCAGCGGCGGCAGAGGACGCACUUCACCAGCCAGCAGCUGCAGGAGCUGGAGGCCACCUUCCAGAGGAACCGCUACCCCGACAUGAGCACCAGGGAGGAGAUCGCCGUGUGGACCAACCUCACGGAGGCCCGAGUCAGGGUUUGGUUCAAGAACCGACGCGCCAAGUGGAGGAAGCGGGAGCGGAACCAGCAAGCGGAGCUGUGUAAAAACGGCUUCGGGCCGCAGUUCAACGGACUCAUGCAGCCCUACGACGACAUGUACCCGAGCUACACGUACAACAACUGGGCCGCCAAGGGCCUCACGUCCGCCUCCCUGUCCACCAAGAGCUUCCCGUUCUUCAACUCCAUGAAUGUGAACCCCCUGUCCUCGCAGACCAUGUUCUCACCCCCCAACUCCAUCUCCUCCAUGACGUCCAGCAUGGUUCCGACGGCCGUGCCGGGCUCCAGCCUCAACAGCCUCAACAACUUGAACAACCUCAGUAACCCUUCUCUCAACUCGGGGGUGCCCACGUCCGCGUGCCCCUACGCGCCCCCGACCCCUCCCUACGUGUACAGAGACACUUGUAACUCCAGCCUGGCCAGCCUCAGACUCAAAGCCAAGCAGCACUCGAGCUUUGGAUACGCCGGCGUGCAGAACCCUGCCACCAAUCUGAGCGCGUGCCAGUACGCGGUGGACCGACCCGUGUAAUACCUGCACUGCAAAAAAUACCCACCGUGGCGACAUGUUCCUCUGGGGGGGUGGGGGGGCAGGCAGGUGCAAGGUUCAGUUUCUGGCGACACAGCGUGGAUUGUAAAACUCCGAUUUCUCCUCCAGACAUUGGAGCCACAAAUAUUCCAGAUUAU